AUGCCAUUGAGUAGCGUACGGGAGACGCGUCUUAGCGCCGCACAGAAUGCGCUAUUACACUCAUUAGAAUGUCAAGUGCAACUCAAGAUGCAGGAAGAGACUCACGCGUUGCUAAUACGCUUGCAACAACGUCACGAAAUACCCGAGACGUUGCGGGACUUUCUCGUCCACCAAACGUCCAACUUGUCCGAUAAAGUGUCCACAUGUGAUAAAAAAAGUUCAGUCACGUUGGACCCUUGUUUUCGUCAAAUGUCAUUACAUGUAGACAUGUGCAUGUCUCAGUGGGACAUUCUCUAUACCCACACUCACGCCUUCCAUGCGCUUGUGGUGGAUAUGGAGACAAGCCACAUUCAAGUCGUAAAUAAGACUCAAGCACUGUAUCAAAGCUUUGAGAAUAUUUUACAUCAAGUGGAAGCAUUGAAUGCUCGUGUAGGUGCAAUUGCAGCACCUAUGCCGUAUUUUACAGCUAUUGAUGCAAUAGCUCAAACUCUUGGCUUUGGUAUCAAGUUUGCAGCACCUUUGAGCAGCCAUAACAUGUCAAAGAAUUAUGAGCUAAUGGAAAAAGCACAAGGAUCAAGAUUUUCUUUAGAAACGAGUAAUGGGGCAAAUACAAGCAAAGCCGUACAGGUUUUUCAGCAUCGACGAGGUAUUGAUCCGACCACAAAAGUCUUUGAACAAGCACUAGAGAAGAUUGACACGUCGGUGGCAUACCUGAUGAAACAUGUAGAGUAUAAAGACUCGGCGUGUUUUAUUGACGCAUAUCGGACACUUGCAGCAGGAGGGAUUCGAGGUCUUAAAGAUUACGCACUAAGUGGUCUCUAUGCAGCAAAGGACGCAGUGUACGAGGCGCUACAAAAGGAGGCGACGGAGACUCAGCAUAGCGGUAUUGCGACUUCAUCACUUGGGCGGGAGCUGGACGAAACGUCGGCGUAUUAUGUUAGUUUUCAGCUGGUAGUGCCAGCUCUGGCAGCAGUUGCAAAACAACUGGAGCGUCUAAAUGCUAGGUCACUUCAGGAUCGUGCCGAGAACUUGCGUGUGCUGGGAGAGGUAGUUGACGCGUAUGCUACUCAUCGUGUACAGCUAUUGUCACCCGUGCUUGGCACGUGGCUGAGUGCGUUGUCUCAAACGUCAGAUAUUGUAAAUUUGCUUCGCACAACUUGUGCCCAACUGCUGAAGGUAUGUGAGGCCGAGUUUCGACUCUUUUCGAAACUAUUUGGCCACGAUCCGAGCGACCAGCUCUUUAACUUUUCAGAUGACGAUGCUGCUGCACGAGGAGUGGCCGAGCAGGCAGAGGAUGACAACGAGAACGCUUUUGAACAACUCAUUUUCCGUCUGAGCGGCUUACUGUACAAUACUAUGCGUCCUCAAAUUUUGAGUCAAAAGGACUUGGAUGUUCUUUGUGAGGUCAUUCAGGUGCUAAGGAGCGAAGUGAUUGAGGCAGCAAUUACCCCGCGUGUAGCGAUUGUCGGUUAUGUCGAGCCUGUGAUGCAUCGUAUGAUUCAAGAUGCACAGGAGCGACUCAUCCUAUGCAUGCAGAAAUACAUUCGCGACGAAAUUGAAGCCUUUGUGCCCACCUCCGCUGAUCUAGACUAUCCGGCGAAGUUAUUGACCGCAGAGCAGGCCAGUGCAUCGUUGUAUGCUACAUGGUACCCUUCGCUAGAACAUACGCUAAUGUGUUUGUCGAAGGGAUACCACUUUGUCAAGAUGGAAAUAUUUGAGGAGUUGGCACAGGAUGCCAUUCAGAUCUGUGCAGCGUCCUUGAAAAUGGCUUCAGCUGAAAUUGCGAUAACUCACGGUGACCUUCAUGGCUCGCUUUUUCUGGUCAAGCAUUUGCUCACGUUACGCGAGCAGAUAACUCCGUUUGAGAUUCAGUUUGCGCAGACGAGCAAGGCGCUAGACUUUAGUAGCAGCGCAGAUGCCAUGAAUGAGCUGCUUGCGGAUACAUCGACGCUAUUUCGUUUCUCAGGGCCAAAUGGCAUUGUGGGCCUCUUUGUGAGUGGAAUCCCCCACAUUCAGGAGACUACAGCAGAUGUGAAAAAGAAACUAGAGCAGGAGCUAAAAAAGAGCUGCACAUCAUUUAUUGAGACCGUGCUUCAGCAGUUGGCCGGCCCGCUGCUCGCGCUGAUCAAGCAGAUUGCUCAUGUACAGCAAACACAAAAAGCCACGGCACUCGACUUCCGUCAAUGUGCAUUUACGUCACCAUUUGAGGUGAGCAACAUACUUUCGGGUGUCUCUCAUCAGCUACGCGAAAUGUUGCCAGAAAUGUUGCAGACGAUCCGUCUCUACCUUCACAACUCAUCUACCGAGACGAUCCUGUUUAAGCCCGUGCAGCGAAACCUGCUGGCCGCUGUCGAAAGCCUUAACACGCUGAUGGAGCAAAUUUACACUUACGAGGAGCUUCAGCAAUGCGAAGAAGUUUUUGGUAUUGUGCUGCAACAGUUGCGUGCAAUUUAA